GCGACCAUCUGGAUGAGCGUCCUGCUGUGUUAUGCUCCUCCUCUCUCCUCAGGUGACGCCGACGUUGCAAUGGAUUCCGGGAGAAAUUCCGAUUAUGUAGAGCGGCUGGCUUCCAAAUACAUGCGGAAAUGUAAAGUAGAAUCCAGCACCGACUCCGAAUCCGACAACAACAACAACGAGGGUUUGGGAAUCAAUAUGUCAAUCGCAGCGUCUCCUGUAGAUAUAAAGACGAUGGAUUUCCAGAAACUGCAGUUCUUGGACCCUUAUGAUGGAGACUCUGAAGACACCUUACAGUCUAACAGCAGUGAGUGUGAGCAGACGUGUAUCAGUGAUGACCCCCAAAACCCCUGUCCCCUCGGGGAAGGAUCUGUGGGGAUGGACUGCGGACUCGUCUCCAUAAGUGACCCACCAUGUGAAGGCUGGAGCCUCACGUCCUGCAGCGACCGCCUGGAGAAGGUGAAGACAUCUUGGCAAAGUCUAGACAUAUCUAAGAAAUCGAGUGUGCCGAGCGGCUCAUCUGACCUGUCCAUGGACUCCGGUACGGUGACCGAGGACGCCAGUGUCGCGUCCGGCCGCUUCCUCCUGAUUGGUCUGGCCUCCAGAUCUGAGACGUCUACGGUCUUGCCAGCCAGCCUGACGUCGGAGGAGACCAGUGACUUCAGUAUGUUUGAGAGCUCGCUGAUAAAACGUAAAGGGGGGAUACGAAUGGAGGGCGAGAAGCUGAGGCUGAAGAAGCUGCGCGUCGCUGAGUAUAUGGUAGGUGGAAUGUUUUAG